AUGUCGGAAAGCUCCUCGGAUGACGAAGAGAACAGUUUAUCACGGAAACCAUCCGAAGAACAAGAGGAAAUUCUGGCAGAAAUAGCUGACCUUGAAGAGGCAGUACCACAACUAUCAGCCGAUUACAAACUGCUCGACCGACUCGGAACUGGGACCUUUUCAUCUGUGUACAAAGCCUUGGAUCUUCAUUACCAUGACAAAUGGUUCAACGCGCCGUGGCACGGUCAUCACCAUACCUCCUCUUCUGCCCACUAUCAGUCCCUUCCACGGCCGCCAGGCACCAAAGUUUACGUCGCUGUAAAGCGUAUUUAUGUCACAAGCAGCCCAGAGCGCAUUCGGAAUGAAAUCUCCAUCCUGGACGAAUGCAGGUCGUGUCGACACGUAUCGCAGUUGAUCACAGCAUUCAGGCAGCAAGAUCAAGUAGUUGUGAUUAUGCCCUAUCAGAAGAACGAUGAUUUUCGGGACUACUUUACAGCAUUACCUAUGGAGGGCAUCAAGGCAUACAUGCGUUGUUUGCUCCGCGCUCUCCGUGAUGUCCAUUCUCGUCAUAUCAUCCAUCGCGACGUGAAACCUGCGAACUUUCUCUUUGAUCCACGGACGGGGAUUGGAACAUUGUGCGAUUUUGGGCUCGCCUGCCGUAUGAAUUAUGAUACUGGGCUCAAUCUCUGUCUGCAUACCUUGCCCACGGCGGAGAAUCCGCACGGAAUGUCUAGAAACAAACGAGAGUACAAUGUUCCUCAUUACAAACAAAUGAAUAGGGAAGCCAAGCAGAAAUCCAUGAGACCUUCCGAAGAAGUGGGGUACCUAGACAAGGAUCCAAGGCCGCAUUCAAAGGCAAACCGUGCCGGAACACGGGGGUUUCGUGCGCCUGAGGUGCUAUUGAAAUGUGGAGACCAAACAGGCGCUGUGGAUGUUUGGGCUGCAGGAAUGAUAUUGCUAUUCUUUCUCACCAAGAAAUUUCCUUUAUUCCAGUCCAACGACGAUAUAGAGGCAUUGAUGGAAAUCGGGACAAUCAUUGGCAGGAGGAACAUGGAACAGACGGCGUGUCUGCACAGCCGGACGUUUUCUACCAACGUGCCAUCCAUCACUCCUGACGGAAUCUCAUGGUCAGAUUUUGUCACAAAACAGAAUCCUGAUCUCUAUUCGGUACCAGAGCCCGACGUACGGUUCUACCCAUACACCAAACAACUGAAAGAUCAAGCUCAGCGACAGAUUCAAGAGCUUGAUGCACCCGAGCAGACCCCGGGUCCGUCACAGAAACAACAUGAAGAGGACAUCGACAACGCUCUGGACCUAGUUGAGGCUCUUUUACAUCCUCUGUGCACCAAACGGCUUACACCUCGAAGCGCGUUAUACCAUCCGUUCUUAUAUUCUAGUAGCAAUCGCCGCCAACAGGAGGCAGAUCCAAUGGUCGACGAGGAUACUGAUAUGGAAUUCGGUGCUGACGAAGACUUGGACGAGGAGGUAGAACCCGAAGAUGAUGAGUUCUUUCCCCAUCCGUUCGGAGAGGGUGUUUGCCGCAAGUGGCACGCUCGAGACGAGGUGGGAGCGCCUUACGUGUGUAUAUACGCGCAAGACGAUUUUGAUAGGAGGAAGAAAGUUUGGCAUAGUCUUACAAGCGGGGAGGGGAUUGCUAUUGGGAAGCAGCCUUGUGAGUUUCACAAGAUCGGUUACGAGCUGGAUAUGCCCGGGACGUAG